AUGUUGCUGAAGGAACAAGCGAGGAAAGCUGCCGCUGGUCUGCUGCUUGAUGUCCCUAAACCAGAGGAAGCUGCAGAUCCCGACGAGUACCAAGGAUCGCCACAUGCUCCAGUCAGCCAUUUUGCCGGAUAUGCCUUUCCAACGACCUCAGGAUCAGACCCAGAAGCAGAGCUCCACGACCGGGACAGGGAAUCAGUGGCAUGGCAUGGCCUGGAUUCUGGCGGGUUCAGCGAUGUGCCUCUGGGGAGCCCUCCUCAGAGAACCUCACAGACCUUGCCCCAGAGCAAUGGAGUGAAGCCGCGGCUACAGCAGGUCGCUCAUUCGCUGUCGCACCUCGGUGGCACCAGUUCUACCGGGUCUGAAACUGGGCCAAGGCAGCAUGAGCUGCAGGCAGAAAAUGCCAGCCUCCAGGAGCGGCUGAGGGCCGUAGAGAAUGAGGCUGUGGAGGUGCUGGGAGAGCUGGAGGAGCUGAAGGACAGGCUGGAGGCCAGCGAGGCGGCGCGCGCAGCAGCCGAGAGGCGCGCGGAAGAGGGCGCUGCGCGUUGCUCCGGCCUCGAGGCAAAGGCUGAGCGCUGCCAGGACCUGGCUCAGGCAAGACAGGCAGCAUGCCUAGCCAGGAAUCAGCUUGAGGCAGCGCAGGAGUCCUUUCAGAAGUGCCUGGCAGAGAGCGAGGCGGCAAGGGAAAGGCUGGCCAGGCAGCUGGAGGACAGCCAGCAGCUCAGCUUGCCAUCACCUGUCAAGCAUGUAGCUGCAGAGGACGAGGCAGCAGAUGGCGCAGCCGCACCAGCAGAGGAUGUAAAGGACCUGAAAGCCAAGCUGGCGAAGAUCAAGCGCCAAGCAAUCACCUUCAAGUCAAAGUUCACUGAAGCGGCGGCCGCUCGAGAUGCUGCUCUCGCUGAGCUUGAAGCUCUGAAGCAGGUGCACGGAGGGGCGGAUCCGGCAGUCUCUGGCGUGGAAAAUAGCAACGCUGUGAAUAAGGAGAUGGAGCAAAUGCAGGAGCGCUUGACCGAGGCAGAGAGUCAAUGCCAGGCACUGGGAGAGCAGCUGCGGGAGUCACAGGAAGCAUGCACCUCGCUGGCCUCAGAGAAGGCAGAACUGGCAGCCCAGAUCUCCCAGCUGAGCGCUCAGCUCAAAGAGCAGCAGGCGCAGAUGGCUGCAGAGGCCCUCAAUGCACAGCAGCGGGACAGCGAGCUGGAGGCUCAGCUGCAGAAGCUAGAGGAGGCCCACAGCGCUGCCCAGGAGAGGGCAGGGGGCAUCGAAGCACGCGCUGCCCAGCUCGCAGGGGAUCUGCAGUGGCUGCAGGAAGAGCGGGAGGCUCUGGAAGCUUCCCUGCGCCAGCAGAGGGCGGCGGCAGAUGCCUCAGAGGCUGCCCUGCAGGCAACGGAGGCAUAUCACAGUAGGCAGCUUGAGGAUGCUACCGGCAGAUUGGAAGCCGCUGUGGCAGAGCUGGAACGGGUGAAGGAGGAGAGAGCAGCGCCGCAGUCUGAGCUGGGAAGGGCGCAGGAAGCGCUGGCCAGCACAGCUGCACCCGCAGAGAUCACUUUGCAGAACGGGGAUGACAGGCAUGCGGCUGCGGAGGGCAAUGGGAGCAUGGCAGACACUGGAGCCAUGCAGUCAAACCCGCUGUUCUCCCCGGCAAAGGGAGGGAACUCUACUGCCAUGGAAGGGGCGGAGGAACCGCCAGGGAAGAACAAGCCCGCCAGGGGCAAAGCCGCUGCAGCCAAGCGCAUCGCCGAGCUGCAGGAGGCUCUCCGGGAAAAGUCCCAAGACCUGGACAGGAUGACUAAUGAGCUCGCGUCGGCGCAAGCGGCGCUGGCCGAGCGCUCGGCAGAGGCCGAGCGGCUGGCUGCAGAGCUGGUGGCAGCUUCCGAGAAGCUGCAGGCGGCGUCUGCCUCCAGCAAGGACGGCCUUGCCGAGCUGCAGGUGCAGCUGGCCGCGGCGCGCGGAGAGGCAAGCAGCCGCGAGGCCUCGGCGGCCGGCGCGGCCGAGGAAAUUGCCGCGCUGAAAGCCGCUGCCGCCAGCGCUGUGGCGGAGCGCGACGGCCUCGUUGCGGAGCUGGCAUCGGUGCAGCAAGAGGCGAAGGAAGCUGCCGAGGAAGCCGCCCGGCAUCUGCCCGCUGCAAACGGCGACAGCGCCGCUUCCGCGGCGGCCGGUCACCAAGAAGAGGUGGAGGGUCUACAAGCGAGCCUGGAGGCUGGGGAGGCCCGGGCGGCGCAUCUUAUGGAGCGCUUCGACGAGCAGCAGAAGCUGCUGGAAGCUUCCCAAACUGAGCUGCAGGAAGCUCUGUCAGAGGCCAGGACGCAGGCGGCGGCAGAGGGCACUGCCGCCGCAGCUGCGCGAGAAGAGGCCAAGACAGUCGGCUGUGAGCUUCAUUUGGUUCAGGAGGAAGUUACUCGGUUGCAGGGAGCUCUGCAGCAGGCGCAGGCUGCAGAGGCGGAUGCAGCAGUGUCCAGCAAUGAGCUGAAAAGCCGCAUCAGCGCUGCAGAAGAAGUCACUUCACGGCUGCAGGAGGAUGUGAGACGGAAGGAAGAAGAGCUCAAAGCUGUGAGAGGUGGCGCAUCUGUGGAGUCAAAUUUGGCAGCCUCUGCCAUCAAACAGGGUAAUCAGCGCGCAGAGGAGGCAGAGCAAGCUGCUGCGCAGGCUGACGAGAGAGCUUCACAGGCUGAGCAGCACUUGACAACAGCUGCUGCCAGAGCACAAGCUGAACUUAUGGCUGCCGAUUCCAGGAGGCGGGAAGCAGAGUCACAGAGGGACAGGCUGCAGGAGCAGCUCGACCAGGCCCAGGCCGAGGCGCAGGUCCUCAGAGAGGCUCUUGAGGCCGAGCGCUCGGCCGCGGCGGCCGACGCGGCGUCGAUGCAGCACCGGCUGGAGCAGGAAGGCGCGUCCGCCUGCAGCCGCGCGCGCAAUGAGGCGGCAUCCGAAUGGCAGAAACGCCUCCAAGAGCAUGCCCAGCAGUCAGACGCUGUGCUGGCAGAGAAGAGCGCCGCCCUGGAGAGGGCUGAGGCUGAUGUGGAGCGGCUGGAAAAGGCCCUGAACGAAGCUGGCACUGCGGCCCAGGCGCUGAGCGAUACCCGUGCGCUUACAGAAGGAUUGGAACGGGAUCUUGGUGAGACCAGGAAGCAGCUGGUAGAAGCAACGGGCCAGCUGGACACCGUGAGGCAGGAGGCAGCGGAGGCGCAGUCGGCCGCAAUAGAGCGGCAGAAGAAAUUCUCCAUGCUCAACGCCACAUUCAGGAAAAAGGAGGAGGGUCUGCUCGCGCGCGUGGAGGAGGCUGAGUCAGCGGCCAGUCAGCUGCGGGCCGAGGCGGCCGCCGCACAGCACCUCGCGACGCUCGCCCAGCAGGAGGCGCAGCGGUUGGAAACGCAAGCAGGGGAGCAGGCGGCGCGGCUGGCAGCGGCCGAGGCGGCGUGCGCGGCGGCCGAGCGGGGCCGCGAAGAUGCGCAGAGGAUGGCUGCGGAAACUGCCGCGCAGCUGGUGGCAGCUCAGACGCAGCUGGCGUCCGCGCAGGCUGCGCGGUCAGAGGCGGCUGCCGACGCUGCGAGCUUUGAGGACCGCGUGCAUGCAGCCGUGUCUGUCCGGGAAGAGGAUGCGGCUCAGCGAGUGAGGGAGGCAGAGGAGGCCCAGGUGGCGGCCGAGGCUCAAGUGAAGCAGGCGGAGGCGCGUGCGGCCGCAGCCGAGGCGGCCAAGAUCGAGCUCUCGCUGAAGCUGGCCGACGCCCUCAGCCAGGAAGAGUCUGCUGAUGAUGUCUCCGCUGUGCCUACUCCAAUCACCCCCAGGCAGACGGGGACAUCAGAGGAGUGGGCGGAGCGCUAUGAGGAGCUGGAGCUGGCGGCCCGGGUGGCGUCCCGGCGCGCGGCUGCGGCCGAGGCUGAGCUGCACCGGCUGAAGCAGCAGCUGGAUGCCGCCGACAAACGCGCCAAGGAACUCGCAUGGCAGAUCAAGAUGAUCUCGGAUCCGCGCCAAAUAGGCGGCCAGCAAGCAGCGGGAGGCGCGCCCGCAGGAGUCGCGAGCUCUGUCAUGGACAUAUUUGGCUGCGGUGCCAACUACCGCCGGUGA